GAGGUCAGGCACCCACGGUCGCUCAACUUCGCGACUGAGCGCCAGGUUGUGGUGCUGCGGGAGGUGCAUGGCUGCGCGUGGGAGGACAUCCGUUCCCGGGUGCGGAACUUGCGCGGGGAGCGGCCCAGUCUGUCGCUCCUGAAGCGAGUCUACAAGGGCUUCAGCCAGGCAAAGGGGCGGCGACCGUACAAGUACCAGAACUGCGGUCGCCGACCCGUCAAAGCUACCAAGGCCGUGCAGAAGUUCCUGGUGCAGCGCUUGCUCGCCCUGCGCAUGCACUGUGUCUGCACCUCUGGCACCUUGCAGCGAGAACUGCUCGCGAAGCGGGGUGUGCAGCUGGAUGAGUCGGCCAUCCGCAAGGCACUGCGUCGCCAGGGAUACUUCUGGAAGCGCAAGUACAGUGCAGAACGCCGGCAGGAGCGCCUCCGCUUUGCACGGAGCGUGGUGCAGCUCAGUCGGGCCCGCCUGCGAGAGAAGCUUUCCUUCUCCAUGGAUGGGGUCCUGCUGUCGCUACCGCCACGGGAUCCCACGGACCGCCGCAAUUAUUGCGCCCACGGGGAUGGCUACAUGUGGCGGCAGCGCGGGGAGGCUGGAAUGGAGCGGCUGGCUGGACAGAACCCGUACCUGUCACAGGUGCCACGUGCUCGAGCCGUGCCACUCUGGGGUGGGCUGUCAGAAGGGGGCUUCCGCACAGUCGCCUUCCACAAAGCACGCAAGUUCACUGCAGAGGAGUGGUGCCGCGUGGUCCAGACCGGGAAGCUCCAGGCCGCCAUAACAGCGCUGCAGCCAGUGCAGCGACACGGCCCCUGGAAGGUCUUGUGCGACAAUGAGGCCUUCCUGCACACGGCCGCCAGCAGGCAUGCCAUGGCGGCCAAAAACAUCACGCUCUGGCCGGUCCCGGCAUCAUCGCCGGACCUGAACCCUGUGGAGAAGUUCUGGGCGUGGCUGCGAAGGCGCCUCCGCCACCUGGAUCGGGAAGACCUCCGCCGCAAGCGCCCGCCCAUCGGCAUGCUGGCCUUCAAGCGUGCGCUGGUGACCUUGUUGCUGGCUCUGGCCGGUGCCUACGGGCUGCAGGUGACCCUCACGCGGGAGUCGACAGAUGUCGAGGUGACGCGGGUCUUCCGGCGAGUGUCCAUCAAGGUGCAUCCCGACAAGGGCGGCGCAGCCGCAGACGCGCAGCGCCUGAAUGCUGCAAGGGAUGCGUGGGUCCAGGCGAGCCAGGGCACAAAGCCGCCAGGCCGACCUGCCCAUGCGCAGGCAGGGCCAGUGUCCGCAAGCAGUGCCGUCACUAACGGGCGCGAAGGCUUGCGCAUUCGCUCCGAGGCGGUGCUCCUGACAUAUCAAAGCUGGCCGGCCGGGGAGGCGCCUGGUGCAUGGCAGCGGUUCUGCGUCUUUGUGGCCGCCUCGGUGACGGCGUGGACUGUCAAGCACUGGGCGGCGACGAUGGAGCAGACCUCUGGCGGCGACUGCCACCUGCACCUCAUGGUCCAAUUCACUUCUGCAGUGGACUGCGGCUCCGCCCGCUUCAUCUUUGAGGGUGUGCGACCCAACGCCAGCCCCAACGACUACCUCGGCGAGGGCGUCUGCCGCAAGAAGCUGCAGCAGUCCAUCAACCGCGGCAUGUUCUACGUGUGGGCUGACAAGGUGGGGACGCUGCGCUUGCCUUCCGGCGAGACUUGCGUCGCGGCCAACUACGAGCCAUGCUGGACUGAGGCUCGGCGAACCUACCAGGUCCUCGGAAAAUGGCCAGAAGCACUGUGGAAACAGCGGAAGCUGACAUCGGCCAAGUACGAGCAGUACCUUUUCCUGACGCGGGACGGGGUUCUGGCACGGAAGCGCAACCUGGAUGCAGUUCGCGAGCAUGAGUUUCCCGGCAGUGCCCGCGGCAGAAGCAUGGUUGGGAAAACAGAGUGGGUGAAGUCCUUGUUCAAGCGCGCGCUGGAGCUCAAAGUGGGGAGUCUCGACAUCUUCCCAGAGGGGAUGCGCGCCUUUGACAGGGACACCCAUGAUGGCAUCAUCCUGGACGAUGUGAGGGACCUGAAGUUCAUUGCGGAGCACCAGGACAAACUUCAGGGCAAGUACGACACGCGUGUCGAAUUUGCCACGACUCCUGGCGGCACGUGCGCGUACCGGAAGUACCUCUUUGCGGUGCCUGUGGCAGUCACCAUCAACAACAGCACACGGAACCUGGACUUCCUGCGCGCGCAUGACUGGCUCGGCUCCGAGCGCAACCGCGUCCUCGUCCACUUCCCUGACAUCUUGGCACAGGCCGUGUGCGUUUUGGGUCCAAUCGUGCGCCGCAGCCUGGGCCGUGUGCGUUUUGGGUCCGAACGCGUCAGCCGCUCCGGCAGUUGGGUGGGCAUGGCGGUGCGUCCUGUGGUUCCUCACGCCUUGACCAUGCAGGACCAUGCAUUGCUAGCGUCGGAAGGUACUGACAGGACCAGCCCACAUGCGUGCCCUCGCAGCUGUCUCGGCACCAUGCCCCUUGUGCAGGAGGUCAGGCACCCACGGUCGCUCAACUUCGCGACUGAGCGCCAGGUUGUGGUGCUGCGGGAGGUGCAUGGCUGCGCGUGGGAGGACAUCCGUUCCCGGGUGCGGAACUUGCGCGGGGAGCGGCCCAGUCUGUCGCUCCUGAAGCGAGUCUACAAGGGCUUCAGCCAGGCAAAGGGGCGGCGACCGUACAAGUACCAGAACUGCGGUCGCCGACCCGUCAAAGCUACCAAGGCCGUGCAGAAGUUCCUGGUGCAGCGCUUGCUCGCCCUGCGCAUGCACUGUGUCUGCACCUCUGGCACCUUGCAGCGAGAACUGCUCGCGAAGCGGGGUGUGCAGCUGGAUGAGUCGGCCAUCCGCAAGGCACUGCGUCGCCAGGGAUACUUCUGGCUUCCGAAAGCGCAGAAGCGCAAGUACAGUGCAGAACGCCGGCAGGAGCGCCUCCGCUUUGCACGGAGCGUGGUGCAGCUCAGUCGGGCCCGCCUGCGAGAGAAGCUUUCCUUCUCCAUGGAUGGGGUCCUGCUGUCGCUACCGCCACGGGAUCCCACGGACCGCCGCAAUUAUUGCGCCCACGGGGAUGGCUACAUGUGGCGGCAGCGCGGGGAGGCUGGAAUGGAGCGGCUGGCUGGACAGAACCCGUACCCGUCACAGGUGCCACGUGCUCGAGCCGUGCCACUCUGGGGUGGGCUGUCAGAAGGGGGCUUCCGCACAGUCGCCUUCCACAAAGCACGCAAGUUCACUGCAGAGGAGUGGUGCCGCGUGGUCCAGACCGGGAAGCUCCAGGCCGCCAUAACAGCGCUGCAGCCAGUGCAGCGACACGGCCCCUGGAAGGUCUUGUGCGACAAUGAGGCCUUCCUGCACACGGCCGCCAGCAGGCAUGCCAUGGCGGCCAAAAACAUCACGCUCUGGCCGGUCCCGGCAUCAUCGCCGGACCUGAACCCUGUGGAGAAGUUCUGGGCGUGGCUGCGAAGGCGCCUCCGCCACCUGGAUCGGGAAGACCUCCGCCGCAAGCGCCCGCCCAUCGGCAUGCUGGCCUUCAAGGCGCGAGUCCGCGCGGUUUUGGCCUCACAGCGUGCCCAAAGGGUGGCCUCGCACAUAGCCGCGGGCUUCAAAAAGACCUGCAAGGAGGUCGUGUCGAAGAAGGGCGGCAUGGCCAGAUCCUAG